UAAUUCUAAUCGGCUUAUCAUAAUCUAAUUGUGGUAGGUAGGUACGCAGUAAGUACGCAGGAAAAUUAUUAUGCAAGAAAACAAAAUAAAACGUCAAAUUUCUCCUACAUCCCAGCUAAUGUCAAAAUCCAUAAGUACGGAUUAUUACUUAUACGGAUGUGUAUGUACGCUUAAUACAAUACAAACACGGUAGUAAUACUUGUAUGGUAUUGUACGACAUAAUUUAAUCGACAGGAAGGUGGUAGUGGCACCUUCGAUGACGAGCUCUGACGACGACAAUUCAAAAUCGUAAAGAAAGUCUCAUUUCGCAUUAUCGCAACUAGAGCGACUGACUACAACUUUAUAUCCACGAUAAUACAACAAAUCGCUUCACGUAAGCAUGUACUGAAAGUUGUAGGGUAUCGCGAUACCUUGACCUCCUCCUCGGACAGUUUAAGUGCUCCGGUUUUGUAGUAAGACCGUCAAACUAUCUAAAGUAAAGUUUCCUCCAGUAUGAGACUAACCAAGAUGGGAUCGAACGCAUCACCGACCUACCUAGGCCUAGACCUCAGCACUCAGCAGUUGAAAGCGGUGGUGGUAGAUGACGAUUUAAAAAUUCUUCACGAAGCGUCAGUACAAUUUGAUACCGACUUACCAGAGUUCAGAACCCAUGGUGGUGUUACGGCAAGUAAAGAUAAUUCCCAUACAGUGACGGCUCCCACAAUGAUGUGGGUCAAAUCGGUUGAUAUGAUACUCGAUCGUCUUACAUUGGCGGGAGUUGAUUAUUCGUCAAUAACCGCAAUAUCUGGCACAGCCCAACAACAUGGCUCUGUUUAUUGGCAGACUGGAGCGGAAUUAACUUUAAGAAACUUAAAAUCAUCGGAUUUUCUUCAUCAACAAUUAGGAAGUAAUUUUUCAAUUUCGAAUAGUCCCGUAUGGAUGGAUUCUAGCACGUCAAAGCAAUGUGCGAAAUUGGAGGAAGCAGUUGGGGGCCCUCAAAAAUUAGCAGAAAUAACAGGUUCUAGAGCUUACGAAAGAUUUACUGGAUCUCAAAUUUGUAAGAUUGCGGAAAAUAAACCGGACGCAUAUAAUAAUACUGAACGAAUUUCUUUAGUGAGUAGUUUUUUGUGUUCACUAUUUCUUGGUAAAAUUGCUCCAAUAGAUUACGCUGAUGGUUCUGGCAUGAAUCUAAUGAAUAUCCAUACAAAACAAUGGGAUAGCACUUUGUUAGAAGCAUGCGGUCCCAACUUACACGAAAAACUGGGAGAUCCGGUCCCGUCAAAAACAAAUCUCGGGAAUAUUUCACCUUAUUUUGUUGAAAGAUAUGGGUUUAAAUCCGAUUGUAAAAUAAUUGCAUUCACUGGAGAUAAUCCAGCAUCUUUAAUAGGUAUGCGACUACAUGAAGGGUGGUUGGCACUAAGUUUGGGAACAAGUGACACCUUGUUUCUUUGGUUAAAGGAACCCCAUGUAGUCAUUGACGGUCAUAUUUUGUGCAAUCCAGUUGAUGCAGAGUCAUUCAUGGGGCUGUUAUGUUUUAAGAACGGAUCAUUAACAAGGGAAAGAAUUCGAAACGAUUGUGCCGAAAAAUCAUGGGAAAUUUUCAAUCAACUUUUGGACAGCACCCCUCGGGGAAAUUUUGGCAAUUUCGGACUAUACUUCGAUACCCAAGAGAUAAUCCCCUUCUUAAAGGGCGAUUUUAGAUUUAAUAGAGCGGGCGACAGGAUUGGAAAAUUUUCAAGUUUGGAAGUCGAGGUAAGGGCCUUAAUAGAAGGGCAAAUAGUCGCUAAAAGGGCCUACGCUGAAGAUAUAGGUUUUCAUUCAGGACAAGACACCAAAAUAAUUGCAACCGGGGGAGCGUCUGCAAAUAAAUCAAUUUUGCAAGUGGUCGCCGACGUAUUUAAUGCUCCUGUAUAUUUACAGGAAGCUGCCAAUUCUGCUAUGCUAGGAGCUGCCUAUCAAGCUAAACAUGGACUUUCGGAUGAAAAUGACUAUGAAAAAAUAACUUCCGUUUUAACACCACCUCAACUGGUAUGUGAACCGUAUCCAGAUGCACCAGAAAUCUACGACCCAAUGGUAGAUCGAUAUCGCACAAUCGUGAACAAAUUAUUGCAAGGAGGGUUGUAAUUUAAGGAGAGUGGUAUUUCUUUUCUAACGAUAGGUACAACAUAUCAACAAAUAAGGACUCGAAACAACGAAUUCCAUAUUUCUAACAGUUUACAUAAAUCUUUUUGAUAAAAAGUUGAAGAAAAACAAAACACAUUCUGGAUAAUUACAGUCCACAUUUCUACCUAACUGUGAUAAAAUAUAAACAAAUUUAAAAGAGAGAUAUUCGUUUAUAAUAGUUAAACAUUCCAUAUAUGAUACAAUUCUAUUUUAAAACAAAAAUAAACAUUUUGUUUAACAUCUA